ACUACUUAUUGUAACGUCGAAUAUGAUGUCGUUCAGUUCUUCGGGAUCUCUCGAGAAGAUAAGAUCUUUAUUCCAUUUGUUACAAAGUACUGUGCUUUAAUUAUCAAAUAAUUUCACUGUACAUGUGAAGUAAAAAUAGAAAAUUUGUGUAACGCCUUCUGAACAUAUAAUCAAUGUAUGUAUGUAACAUAAUAUACUUAGAACAAAAUGGCAAAUCUACAAACGUUAUUAAAAUGUACUCUAAUAUUGAUCAUCAAAACAGUUUUCUCUAACAGUCAAGAUUUAUUGCCGAAAGACUUCCAGUUUAAUGACACAAAUGUGCCUGAUCUCUUUCCAACACACUACGACAUCGAACUGACAUUCCCAGACAUUGAGAAUAUAUCAGAAGAUUACUUUAAUGUUUCUGGCAACGUCUCUAUUAUCUUUCAAGUCACCAAACCAAUCAUAAGCUUCAAAAUAAACGUAGCACCAUUCAUAGAUAUACUUGCUAGUAACUUAGUAAUGAAAGGCAAACCUGAGGAUACUUUUGAUUGGACGACAAAACGUUAUACAAAUGAAUUAUCUUCGUAUCAAGAGUGGGUUUUUAGAAGAAAACUUGACCUAGGAAUGUACAACAUGACAUUGGAAUAUGAAAAUCGUGCAAAUAAUAAUGAAAAAGGAUUCUUCCGUAUCCCCUACAAGAUGCAUAGUUUCUACAUAAAAGACAACAAAACACAAUGGUUGGUCGCAACAAAUUCUCAGCCAAAUGGGGCCCAUCGAAUGUUUCCCUGUUUCGAACUGGCAGGAUCUAGAACAACCUUCAAUAUCUCUGUAAAAGUUCAUAAUAAGUAUCACAUUUUGACAAAUAAUAGAACGGAAUAUGCCUACUUUAAUUAUCCAGAUGGCCUGCAAAUUAAACGUUUUACAAUCACAACUAAAAUAUUUGCUUAUCAAGUGGCAAUCUUAAUACAUAAUUUUAACUACACUAACGAAUUACAGUCAACACUAGAAGAUAAAAUAUAUAGUAGAAACUCGGAAAUAGAUAUAUAUUAUGCAAAAACGGUUAUUGAAAAUGUCACAUUUCUUUUAAAAAGUGAAUGGACAAAAAUAAAUUCUUUAUGGAAACCAGUUAUAAAUUAUGCAUUAAUACCUGGUUUUCAAUAUGACAGCGCGGACGGUUGGAGACUUGUUUUUCUUAGGGAAGAAAAAGCUAUCUAUAAUCAAAAAAUAGAUACUUAUGGGCGAAAAAUAGCGGUGGCAAAAUUUGUAGCACAAAAAGUGGUGCGCCAAUGGUUAAGUAGUACAAUCAGCCUCUCUAACUGGUCAAACCUGUGGUUGGACGAUGGCAUAGCUAUAUUUUUUGGAAUGGAUGCCGUUAAUAAGACUUUUCCAGAACUUCAAAUGUUAAAUUUGUUCGUAGUUCAAGAUAUACAUGAAUCUCUUCAUAUGGACACUGAUUCUUUUAUGAAACCUCUUUAUUCGAAUGUCAGCAAUUUUGAAAUUGAUACAUCUUUUUACUUUGCCCGUUACCUCAAAGCACCUGCUUUGAUACGUAUGCUGCAUUAUAUGACAACUAUGGAAUAUAAUAUAUUUAACGACGGUGUAGCUCUCUUUCUAACGGCAACUGAGGGGUCUUUUAGUUAUUAUAUACAGUCAACAAUUAACGACUUUUGGAAGUGGAUCCAACAUGCUGACAACAAGCAUCUGGACACAAAGUUUAAGAAUAAAACUAUAAAAAUGGUGAUGGAUACUUGGACAGAGAACAAUUAUCCAAUACUAUGGGUGCGAACACAAUUAGUCAAUACUCGAGACCUAGUUGUGAAAGUAUCACAAGAAAAUAGUCAUAAGCGUAAUUGGCACAAUUGGUGGAUACUUGUUACCUGGUUUACGGAUCAUUUAUUAACUUAUUCCAAUCGUAUUACGCCUUCACUUAGCAAGUGGUUACAUUCAGAUGACAAAAUAAUAACUUUAACGACUCUAGAAAGCGUGGACAGUUGGAUCAUUGUCAAUACAAAACGAUGUGGAUAUUAUCGCGUUCUCUAUGAUGUAGAAAAUUGGCGAAGAAUUGGAUGGUUUCUGGAGACAAAUGGUUCACGUAUUCAUGUUCUCAAUCGCGCUCAAUUAAUCGAUGACGCGUUUUACUUCCUGCUAAAAAAGAAACUCGAUUUAUCCGUAUUCUUGAACCUAAUAAAAUUUCUUGCGCGAGAUACGGAUUACGUAGCAUGGUAUCCUAUGUUUAAAACUUUGGAAUACAUGUCGCCUAUUUUUGCAUUUUAUAGUCAUAGAACCUGGAAUCUUAAGGUGCACUUGCUGAACCUCUUAGUAUCACUUUUUGAUCAAAUAGGAUACGAUGCAAAACCUAAUGAAGACAAACUUACCGAAUGUUUAAGAGAAGAAGCAGCAAAGUGGGCAUGUUUACUUGGUGAUGUUGAUUGCAAAACAAAUGCAAACCAGAAAUUAGAUUGGCAUCUCCAAAAUCGAAAAGAGAACAGACUUUCACCAGGAUGGAGGAAAUGGACGUAUUGUGAAGGAAUGGUAAUGGGGAAUAGUAUGACGUGGCAUAAUGUGGCUUACGCAUGGGACGAAGAACGUGAUGAUGCAUUGUUAGAGUACUUAACGUGCUCUAAUGAUUUUUAUAUCGCUCUCAAUUCUUUCAGAACAUUAAAAGACACGAGUAUAAUAAAAAAUGCACAACCCAAAGAUCAUGUUAUACAUUUUAUGUUUUUUCUUGCAAAGUAUGCGAAUCACACAGCCAUAAUUGAUGAUAUGUUAAAUGACAUUUUAACAGAUGAUAGACCUGAAGCAAUAAGUGAGAUUACUGCAUUAAGUAUUAUUAUUAAUAAUAUAUAUACCACGGAUGGACUUGACAAGGUCGCGCAUUAUGUAAAAGAAAGAGAAGAUCUACGCUCUAUGAUUUUAUCUAAGAUUGCAGAACGCAAGAAUCAAUUCUCUAAGGUGGACAUUUAUGCACACGUUAUUACACAACCAAUUAUAGAUAUUUAGGUGAAUAAUUAAUCAAUCAAAUCGAUAUAACUUGACAACUGCAAUGCAUGUAUUGUAUAUAUUUAUUCGCUUAUGUAUUAUAAUUCGAUUUUAAUGUGAAAAUUUUCAAUUUUAUGAUGUUAUCUUAUUUAAAUUUAUCACGUAUACAACAUAGCUGCUUAAAAGCGCGCAUGUACUUGUGUAUAAUUUUUGAAGCGUUAUCAAUUCUAUAACAAUGUUACAAAUGUUCGAAUUUAUAACACUGUUGAAAAAAAGAACAGAAAUAAACGUAAGGAGAGGAAUGAAAGAUACAGAGAAAUAGAAAAAACCUUUCUAAA